GUGUCCCGCCGGUCCUGCCGGCCGGGCUGGCCAGUCUGAGUCUGGCCCGUCCCGCCGCAGCCGUCGCAUACAGAAUGACCCGGAAUCUCUCGGCCCGCGACUUGGACACCGGCCUUGACGGGCCGAGAACGUAAAGAAGGGCGCCCUCCCGACAGAUGAGAGCGGGGCCCCGCGGCGGCACGGUCGGCCAUGUCUGCAGCCGCCUGCACCGCCAUCCUCUUUGCGACCUGCGGCGCCUGGCUGCGCCUGCUCGCCGCCGCUGACUUCAAUUGCGCGACCCUGUCCGACACCCCAAAGCCCUGGCAGCACGCUCGCAUCGCCAGGCCGCCGCCUUACUAUGAGGGCGUGAUUCUGAACCCCGUGUUCUCCGUCAAGAUGAGCCUGGACGCCAGGCUGUUCGACGACGGCGACGCCGUCCUGCAGCGCGACCUCCCCGAGUCGUUCGACGCUCGCCGCGCCUGGCCGCACUGCCCCUCCAUCAGCAAGAUCGUGAACCAGGGCUGCUGCGGCUCGUGUUGGGCCUACGCCUCGGCCAUGGCGAUGACGGACCGCCAGUGCAUCCACGGCCACGAGCACUUCGAGUACUCGGCCGAGCACCUGCUGCACUGCAGCAAGUCGGCGGCCAACAGCUCGGGCUGCCAGGGCGGCGACCCCGCGGAGGCGUUCGACUACUGGGCGGCGCGCGGGGUGGUCUCGGGCGGGCCCUUCAACUCCUCGGUGGGGUGCGCGCCCUACACGACGCCGCCGUCGGGGCCUCACUGCCUGGUACCGGCUUCGCGCAUGGACUGCCCCAAGGAGUGCCAGCGUCCGUACCCGCAUGCGUUCAAUGUCGACCGUCGAUUUGGGGACAGAUACCACCUGCUGCCCUUCAACCGCCCGGUCAACAUGCAGGCCGAGAUCAUGCGGGGAGGUCCCAUCGUCGUCAUCCUGGAUGUGUACGAGGACUUUAAGUGCUACUCCACGGGGGUGUACCAGCAGGUGGCGGGCGUCCACACCGGCGCCCACGCAGUGCGGCUCAUCGGCUGGGGGACGGAGAACGGGGUGCCCUACUGGCUGGCGGCCAACACCUGGGGCAUCGGCUGGGGGGACAAGGGCUUCUUCAAGAUCAGGCGCGGCGUCGGCGAGUGCAAGAUCGAGGGUGUCCGGGUGGUCAGCGGCUACCCCGUCACCAGCCGACUGGCCGCCGCCGCCGCCCCCGCCCCGACUCCUGGAACGGCGCCGCCCCCUCCGCCCAACUAACAAACGAGAUUGAACUAAUUCUUGUUCUUUUAUUAGUGCUAGAAUUUGCUAUCACUUACGUAGGCUAUCGGCGGGACGCUCAACAGUAACGCACACUUUGGCGAAAUUAAAUACAAUACAUAUCAUAGUAA